AUGCUGGACUCUUCAACUGAACCCAUCGCCUCUCACACGCCCGAUGUGCCGUACCAGGAUUGGCAAUACGCACCCACUCCAGGAUACACUUAUCACGCACCACCUCCCGUCUUCUCCCCAGGAAGACAACCCAAGGCUUCUUCAACUCUGUCAUGGGAAGAAUGUAGAACAGACGACGAGCUUCCUCCACACUUUAUCCGGUAUAUAAUCGAAUGGAAGGUGAAGGUGAACCGCUUCAGGUCGGAGGACACGGAACAGCAUGUAAUCCUGACUCCUAGUGCUUAUUGGCCCUCGGUCCUCAGGGGUAAGCUGGAGAGGGUUCUCCAAGAGAGAGUAUCUCGUAAUCGACGGGUCAGGGCCGAUGACACGUCCAUGGUUGUGUCGGUCAACGAUCGCAAGCAACGAAAUCUAAAGAAGCGGUUCAACUCUCUCGACAUUGAUUGGAUGGCAGUUGAAAAACAGCUACUUUCGUGGGGUAAACUUUAUACCAGGGGCAAGGAGUUGAGACUCGUGAUUGUCUUCCACUAUAUACAGAACGACCUUUCUAGGAGCGAGAAACGGGGAAAGUCGUCGGUCACCAAGAAGAUGCUCAAUGAGCGAGACGCACAACUUUAUAUUGAAGAGUAUGUAUCCGGGCAACAGUCGAUCUGGCGGGCUGUCUACAGCCUGAUGCGUUGCCCUUCACCAUCCUGUCACCUUGGUCCGCAUUGCUGGCAGGAUCCCCAUGGGAGGAAAUACUAUCAGCUAAGGACGCAUCAUUUGAAACGUCUGAUAGCUUACAUUAAAGAGGGCGGCGUUUUGGAGUGCCAAAAUGAUGUUCCUAACACUAUUCGUGAAGAACGCUAUAUGGAGGAGCAGCAGAGGCUAGAAUCUCCACAGUCCAAGAGCAAUAAAUCGGCCGACUCCGGAAGCUGCCUACCGAUCAAUAUCAAUUUCAUGGGAGCGCAACCUUCUCUGCAGCCAUCAGCGGUUAGUCCUAUAGCAGCAUCUGUCCUGCCUCCCCUGAAAAAUGGGCAGGAAGAGGAUCAGCUCAUAAUCGACGGACCCCGAGAUGUGGCUGUGAGAGACUACAGUGCAUGGCAAGAAACAAACGUUAUUGAUGAAACUCUCAAGGCCCAAUUUCGGCUGGCUUGUGAUGUAACGCUCACCAACGGCUUCGAUCUUGAACAGAUCCAUGAGGAUCAUGAUGCAGGAUUCUUCAUCGAAAAAGAAGUUGCGGUAGGUAUCGCACGCCGGUUCGUAGGCGAUAUUGGUAGAUGGGCAAAGGACGUGAGGGAUUGA